CGUAAGGUCCCAGUUCACCCUCGAUGCCCGGUUUGCUGGGAUAGUUCAGAAUCUUAGGAGCAUCUGUUCCUUUAUUGUCCGGUGGCUCGGGCCCUCUGUGAUUACUCGGGGUUGGACUAUCUGGGUGAGGGAUUGCCUCGUCAAACGUUUCCUUUGUUCCUCAAAAAGCUAUUGGCCUUGAUCAAUCAACCAACUAUGUUUAUGGCGGUGGUUGCCAUCCUCUGGCGGAUCUGGCGGUCCCGUAAUUUGGUGGUUUUCGAAGGAAAACAAUUUGGGGUCCAAGUGUUGAUGCGCCAGUUCGUUCAGCAAUAUGAGGAAUGGAUUCGGUUGCCUUCCCGUUCCAUCUCGCAAGGCCCUCCUCCUAGCUCAGAUCGAGCGACCACUGACAGUGACCCGCGUAUGAUCUGUCGGUGGGACGGGGCCACCAGGAGGGGGUCUCACACGGCUGGGGGAAUGGUUCUUGUGUAUCCUACAGGAGGGAUCAGUUUGGCUGCAGGUGUGCAAUUCCCAGUUAUUGAUGACCCGAUGGUUGUGGAGCUGUUGGUGCUUAGGGAGGUGGUGAUUUGGUGUCGCGGGCUGGGGCUUACUGAUGUGAGGUUUGAAGGUGAUGCCAAAGUCAUUAUUGAUAAGCUCAAUCGGGGGGACCUUGGAGAUAACAGGAUGGGUGCUGUUCUUGAAGAAAUUUAUAAUUGUCUCCAGACCCAGUCAGGUUAUAGUGUUCGGUUUGUAAGUCGGCGUAGUAAUAUGGUAGCCCAUAUGGUGGCUAGAAAAGCCCUUUCUCUGUACCCCACCAUUAGCCGUUCCUUUGAUUUUCAGACCUGGCUGAAUUCCAGGGUGUAACUGUCUAUUUUGUGAAUCAAUAUAAAAUUAUCUUUUGUAAAAAAAAAAAAACACAAAUAGCUCCCGAAUAACAUAAUCAUCACUCUGGCAUAGAAAUGGAAGCACCUCCCCCCUUCUGCCUACACUUCUAGUUGAGGAGAGACAAGUUAACCCAUAUUCCCAAUUGCAUGACACUAACGUUCCUCACCAAUUCACAUUUACCCAUCGAUCCCUCCUCCACGAGACCUCCUACAUGCCUUGGCGCUAUUGUCCAUAAAGGUAAUGCUCCCGUUAAUGCCUCCAACUCGCUCCUCUUUCAUUGUACUUUAUGGCUGGUCUCGACGCAGUUGCGAUCAUAAGGGCUAAGGUCGGAGUCCUACCGUGGUAAUGAUGCAAACUCCUUCAACUGGGAAAAUAAAGCAGUUCGGUCACCAACCUCUCUACACCCUAUAAGCUUACCGGCUAGAUAGUUGGAUUCCGAGCUCACUUGAAUCCCGGUCGACACAUCGUGGAAGCCUCUUACUCCUUGUGUUUUUUUUUUUGACAAAUCUUACUCCUUAUGUUGGUGCUACGUAAUUACGCAUAAAUUGUUCGGACGUAGAGGAUUCCCAAAGCCCAAGCUGUGUCGUAGGGGUGGGCAAACGGUUCGGUAAACCCGAACCGAACCAAACCAAAAACGAACUAAACCAAAUCGAAACAGAAAUAAUGCUAUUCGGUUCGGAAUCCGGAAGGAAAAUAUCAAUAUUUCGGAAAUCAGGGUUCUUUCAACCGAACUGAAAUUCCGAAAUUCCGAUCGAAAAACCGAAAUACUAUAAUUGCAACCUCCAAAUGGUGGAUUUUUAUGUUUGUAGUUGUUUUUAGACUUAAAUAUUUGAAAUAUUUUAUGGCUUAUGUGUUGAAAGUUUGAUUUUAUCAUUGAUUAUGCAUAUAAUUGCAUAUUUAUUGUUUAUAUUAGGGGUGAAAAAUAAUUUAAAAGUGAGAAG